UUUUCCCAACUACAUUCGCGGUUUUUCUUUCUUCAUUAACCGUGUCGCGUUAUCACUUUCACCAGGCAGACUAGCAGAGCUGCGGACUUUCGUUUAAACGUUCUUAUCCGCGCUCGCGCGUCUCCCGGCGGCAUCGUUCAGAAUCCUUCAGAAUCCUCGCUGCGCGAGGAAGAAAAAUGCUGCGAGAGAUCGCGUCUCGUUCGUUACGGUGUGACAGUGACGACAGUGACGGUGACGGUGACGGUGUGCUCGCGCUCAAGGUGUGACAACGAUAAGAGGCCCUCCUCGCAUUUGUGAUAAGCUGCUCUCGAACAUCUCGCCGGUAGGAUAUACCGGCGUGCCGGAGAAGCGACGCUCCCCUCUGCCGGCUUUCCUGAGAGUCGCGUGCACUCGGCGCCUUUAAAGGGUGGUGGUGAGCGGUGCGCGACAAGCCAGCAUGGAAUCAAGGGAGGGAGUGCUCGGUAGCGACGUCCCCGGAACGGAUACGCGGUGCAAUCAGAAGCCGCUUGGGAGCAGCGACGGCGAGGGAUCGGAUGCGGGAAGAAACGUGCGGGUAGUCUCGGUCGACAAAGUUACCGUGGAGAAGAUCGUUCUGGAGUCGUCGGGCGGCUCGCGCCAAGUAUUGCUGACGAAGAACGAGACCUCGAGGAAACUGUCCCUGAGUUCGGAGACAAAACCGAGCGUGGUGAAGCGGACGAGAGCGAACGGGGGUCAGAGGACGUCGUCGUCGUCGGCGAACGGUAGAUUUCGUGUCUCGGUACCGGAAGACACGUUCACGUCGAAGGCAGAUACAGGCGGUCUCAGGAGCAACGAUUGCCCCGGCGGGCAAUCGAAGCUGCCGGUUGCCAGGUGUCGGAGGAGCGACGAUGCUCCCGGCUCUCCCAACGAGGAGAGCAGGAUCAAGCCGAUUCGGCUGACGAAAAGCCCGUCUAUCGGCAGCAUCGGCAUAAUAGAAGCUUUGAACUGGAGCGACGCGGCCGCCAACGUCGCCAGGAAGCGCAAAGUGCCGCCGAGGGUCCCGGAGAAACCCGCGGACAAGAGAGAGCGUAAUUCAUCUUUGAUAGCGGAAUCGGUCUCUCGUACGAAGGUAGAACCGCGGCAAGAUUUAUCGGCGAAUCGGGAAGAACUCGCCGACGAGAUAGCGGCUCAAGUUAAACAGGGGCGGGCGAUCGAGCGAGAUAUUUCCCAAGCAGAAAAUCGCGGAAACGACGCGGAGAGGAGCGACGACGAUGUAAGCCCCGUGGUGGAAGUUGGGAAAGCGAAGGAGGCUGCUGGUCCGCAAAGUGCAAACGAACGUUGCAACGGAACGGACGAAAUCAGAGCGGCGCCGCGGCGAGGAGACGCGGAAGAAAGCGACUUUGUCGAAAGUCGCGAGGAAUGCGCGAGGCUUGACAAAGACGCGCAGGUCCGUUUGGAAAGGAGUCAGACGACUAUCGAGGACCUCCAAAAGAAUCUGAGCACCAGGAUUCACGCCAGCACCGCGCAGAGCUACAAAGAGAAGCUGUUGGACCUUCAGGCCAAUUACGCUCUGAGGCUGCCGAUUGCCGUAGACGCCGCGAACUCGGCGAGCGGGAGGUUAAGCUGCGGAUUCGAUAAGGAUUUCCUCGAGAAGCACAAUCUGGACAAACGAUUGAAGAUCGAGGAAAGGCGGCUGCUGGAAACUGAUCUGGAUUACACCUCGGACAACGACAACGGGAACAGUGAAAUCGAAGAUCAACAGACCGCCGAGGCGAGCGCUAAGCGGAUAUACAGCGAGAAAGUGACGGAAGUGGAGAGAAGGUGGUCCGGGGAAUUCCUGGAGAAUCAGCUGCUGCAACGCAACUCGUCGGAAUCCUCGAGAUCCUCUUACGUCGAGGAAUUUGGCAGCGUGUCCUCGCGCGAGAGCAUCGUCGAGGAUCGUCGCGACGUUCGGCUGCUUCUCGACCGGAAGCGCUCGGUGAAGUUCGCUUCGGAGAGACAAACGUCGACCGACGAGUCGAAGAGGCGUACUUCGGACGAGAUUGCGGAAGACACUACCGUGAGCACCGUCGACUCCGACUCGUGCCUGGAGGAUAGAAUCAAGGCCGUCGACGAGGACAUCGCCCGGACGACGAAUGGAAUAGACACGGACGACAACGACGACGACGACGACGACGACGACGACGACGACGAGUGCAUUCGAUGGCACGAGGAAGCGGAGAAAACCGACUCGACGCUCCUCGCAACAUCCGCGAUAAUUCACGAGAAGGAAACUCUGACGCGAGGAAGCGACAGCGCUGGUAGUUACGGUGAUCGAAAUUUGAAUGAAGCGAGGAGUGACUGCAGGGGGGAUCUCGAAGAGGCGGAGCACGACGAGGGACGAAUAUCGCAGGUUACCGACGACGACGACGACGACGACAAGAAGUCUUCGCCUGAAAGAAACGACGAGAAGAGCGCCGGCGGCUCCUUCACGGUGAUUAACUCGAAGGAAUCUACCGAUCCGGCUUCCGUGGAGCCUCGGAGCCAUCGCGGCAAGGACGGUUACGCUAAUCUCAUAAAAGAAUUCACCAUGGAGGCGAGCUCGUCGAGCAAGGUGAAGAAAGAGGAGAAGCAGAAGAAGAAACUCGGAUUUCGGCGGCUGUUGCCAGCCAUUUUCUCGCCGAAGGAUUCUCGGAAGGACUACAAGAAGAAGGAGCAGAAGGAACGAAAGAGAUACGACGAGCGGCAUUUCGCUCGUUACCAGCAGAAUGGAAAUUACACGAGGUCACCGGACACGAUGAACCUGAACGAGGACAUCAAGAGAAACGUCAAGCUGGACAACAGCCUGAACGGCUCGAUCAUCGAGGAGAGGCUGGACGAGAUCAAGCGCGAGCUGUUCCCCGAGCAAGGUCCGAUCACCAGCACGCCCGAUCACUUCCUGCAGACCGACGACUCGCGGCUUCUUCGCGACAGAGCCAGGGCGCAGAGAUCCUACACCACCGACUCGAGCCUCAGCUCGAUCGCGCCGGACGACAGAUGGCUGGACCGGAGCGGCGGACAUCUCGGCAUCUCGCCCGACGUCAGGAAGUACGAGCAAAGGCAGAGACGCGAGGAGCAAGAGAGCCGACGAUACGGCCAGCUGGAGCGCAAGCACAGCCUGCAGGAGUCGUCGAAUCACAGCAGUCGCAAUUACUACCUGCAGAGGAAUCACGGCGCUUCCGGCCGGAUCUCGGCGCCGCCCAGCGAACGAUACUUGGUGCGACCUCGGGCCAUUCACCCGGUCGACAGACCGCUGCCUGAGAUCCCGCAGUCCCGUGUCGAGUUGUCCAACUACGAGAACUAUCAGGACGGCGUUGAGCAGCCGCUCUGCGACGCUCUCGCUUCUUACCGAAAGGACGCGGGCGCGUCGUCGUACGUGUCGGGCGCCGAUAACUACCAGAACCAAGCUGGGCUCUAUCAGAACGACAGGAACGACAGGAACGACAGGAGCGACGUCGAAGCCGCCGGUCUGAUGCACCUGCCGCAGUCGGUCCCCGCGCAAAUGAAGAUCACUCGCCAGCCUAUCGUCAAUCAGACCCAGAGAGCGCCUCUGGUCGGGCGAAGCCCCAAGUACCCGUCACCCGGCUCCAGCCAGAAGUCUGGCGAUUACGCGGACUCGAGCUGCACUCCAAACUCGAGCCAGAAGAGCGAGUUCUCGCCGUCCAGCUCCAAGAGCGGCGAGUAUUACUUGCACUCGUCGCCGCGCAGCAGCGCCCGAACCUCGCCUUCCGAGCGAGCGCCUUUCGACGAUGCGCCGCGAGAGAGGAUCUACGAGAACGAGGAGGCUCAGCCCGUGGCGGCGGCUGCUCCUCAGCCGACCAACCGCUACGUUGACGAACACGUGUACGACGAAACUCCGUCGUCGCCGCCGUGCCGCGAGGAGCGCCCCACGGACGCGAGAGUAGCGGUCUGCGCGAGGAGCAGCAGCUCGCUGCCGGAGAGGAGAGACGAGCGCAAGUGUUCGCCGAGUCAACGAUCGCCCUGCGAGAGCUCUUGCCAGCAGAGCGGCUCUCUGGAGGGUAAGGAAAGUGAAGCACGAGCGAAGUCGAAGCGAGAGAGGGAAAAACUGCGCUCGAAAAGUCCCGACGAUAUUGACGUAAACUCGAGGAGCGAGUCAUCGUCAUCAGUAGUAGCCGGCCAAGUAGCCGAGAGAACACGCGUCCAGAACGUAUCACCCUCGUCGAGACCUGGGGGGGUGGCAAUGGCGGCGACGGCGGCGGCGGCGGCGACGUCUCCGUCGGCGGUACCGAGGGCGUUAACCAGGAAAUCGCAACCCAACGAUCAAAUCCUGAUAGCCUCGCCAAAGAGGGAGGUCAUUUAUCAGUCGAGGGUGCCUCGACCGCCGAACGGGACCAGGCUCCGCGACGUGGAGUCGCCGGUGCCCAUAGCGGACUCGCGCGAGUGUAUCUCCGACGUCGUUCCAGUCGCAGCAGCGCGCGACCACUACGGUAGCCAGGACGGUUCCUCGUCCGUCUCGGUGACGGUGACGGUGACGGGGGGCAAAUCCGCGGCGCAGAGGGCUGUAUCGUCCUCCGUAUUUGCGAAAGGUAUCUCGCGGCCCGAGCCGAUCUACGGACACCGUAAGCAGCAGCAGCAGCAGCAGCAGAGUCCUCUACGCGGGCUCGUCGUCAACGCGGCGAUGGUGAGCUCCGCGGAGACGAAGGAAGGCGCACGCGAGAACAACGAUCAGUCGCCACGCGACUCGUCGUACCGACCGGCCGAGUCGUGUCGCGACCUUGAUGACGACAGACUGGCAGACUGGGUCGAAGGUGAGACUUUGGCAGCGCGGAACGCGCAGCCACGUAAUCCGGAUGCCAAGCCGACGGCGACGAACAACGAGCCUGCCAAGAGAGCGACGCUUCCGCGAUCGCCGCCGCGCGAGCUUUAUCAGCAACGGCAACACGGCAACGUUCCUCAGCAACGAGCCUCGUCCGCGACAUCGGCCUCGUCGUCGUCGGACGGCCAACGGUCGUCGCCGAUGACGAGUCAGGACAAGGUGUACGUCGGCGCGAGUCCGCCGAUUUACGAGCAACGCCAAAGGCAGCAACCGCGACACGGUCAGGAGCAGCCGAUGUACGUUCAACGCAGCCCCCCCGAUGUGCACUCGACGACGUACACCCAACAGAGCAGCAGCUACCUGUCACCUUCGAGACGCGAGACCAGGCAGCACUUGGAGGCGUUUUACUGGCAGCAAAAGGCGCUGGAAGCGCAACGGAAGUCGGCAGGCAUCUCGCAGGCGAGCCCCGGCGCGAGGCAGGUCGCGCCGAAGAUCAAUCUGCCGGAAGUGAGGGAGGCGCUCUGGCAGCAGCUGAAGAAGCUGGACGAGGAGCAGCAGCGGCGCAUCUACGAGCAGAAUCUGCCGGACGACGGCUCGUACGAGACUGCGUACUGCAGAUCGCGCGCGAGAAGUCCCACCUUACCUCCUCCCGGCGCCAGUCCGACGUUCCAUUCGAAUGCCGUCGUAAUGCCGGCGCCCAGCCGGCCGGUCGUUCACGGAGACGCGAGCCCUGCUUGGGGCAACAUGCGGCAGCAGCAGCGGCCGAAGCUGAGCUCGGCCGGGAAGCUGCCGCUGAUGCAGGCCCCGAAGGGCCAGAAUCAACCGGUACUGAUAGUCCGGCCGCAGCAGGCGCUGCGAGAUCGCCAGGAGAUGUCGAUCAAGUCGAUCGUGCAGUGUCGCGAUCCCGCGACGAUGGGACGCGGCGAGAUCGCGCAGAGAUCGAAGAGCGCAUCGCCGCAUUUCCACAGAGGCGAGAUCGAGCGGUCCAGUCUGAACCUGGCGACGCGCGCCAAGCCGGCGCACACAGAUGGUGCCGCGAUAAUAAUCCUGAGGAGGCCGGAAGGAGCUCAGCUCAGGGAGGAGGACAGCAACGACGGCGAGGGCAGGUCUCGGCCGCAUCCGAUAUUCAAGAGAGGCAGUCUUAUAGGAGGCGAGUCGGCGGAGUACGGCAGCGCGGGACCCAAGAGGGUCAGUUUCUCCAAUCAACCGAACAUCGGGCCGGAUCUGGCUGCGGCGGGCAGCUGGCCAACGAAGCAUGGCACGGCACCGGAGCCGCCCACCAGGCGACACAGGAGCGAGGACAGCAGCACCACCAUCUCGGACACCGACUCGGUGUUUCUGCAUCAAGAUCUGCGACGCGACGCGAAUCAGGACGAUCAGCCUCUGUACGCCGCGAGCGGCGCGGCUGCAGCCGCGAGGUGUCGCGCGGCCGACGUCGAAGGCCCGGCCGAGCAGGACUACGACGCCAACAGGCCUCUGCCCCCGUUGCCGAAGGACCCGUUCGUCGCCUCCCGCCGUGGGAACAGCGGGACCAGGAAUUACGCGUGCAACGACGUCCGGUGGAGCAACGAGGAGCAACGAGGACGACGGCGGCAGGAGGAAGAGUGGAAUCCAGAUGGCAAGGGUCGGCAGUCCAACGAUACCGGUGGAUCCAUCAGGGGGGAGGUUGAACCCGGCUCGAACGAGCUCACACCUGGCAGACGGGCUGGCGGCGGCGGUGGCGGAGGCGGUGGCGUCUUGGGGGUCGGUGCCGGCGGCGGCGGUGGCAGCGGCGGGGGCGGGGGUGGCUCGGGGAACCGCGGCUCCUCCGGGGGCGGCCGCUCGAGGGACGAGCCGAGGAGGCACACCCUCGGCGGCGAUCAUCAGCCCUCCCUUCAUCAUCAGCAGUUCAACGCGGCGCAGCAGCUGCACCCCCUUCACCCUCAUCAUUUGCCGCCACCACACGGCCAAUACGGCACCCCACCCUCGCGGCACACCACCAUGGAUCUCGAGAUGGGGACCAAGUCUCGCCAGAGAAAGUCGCCUCUUCCGCGCGGCUAUCCGCCCCCAUCUUCGACGAUGCUCUUCGACGACGACCCGGGCAUCAUGUCCGAGGUGGAAACCUCCAGCACUGGAUUUCGACGGGGUGGCAAGCAAAGGAGCAGCUUGCCCGUCGUACGAACACCUAGCAAGACUCUGGAGCGACCACUAGGAUUGGUGUUCCUGCAGUACAGGAACGAAACGAAGAGAGCGUUGCUGCCGAAUGAGAUUACCAGUAUAGACACCGUCAAGGCUCUCUUCGUCCGAAGCUUCCCGAAACAACUCACUAUGGAAUACCUGGACAGUCCACACGUCAAGGUUUACAUACACGACAGCAACAAGGACAUGUUCUACGAACUGGAGGAUGUAAGAUCGCACCUGAGAGACAUCAAAGACCGCAGUGUUCUGAGACUCUUCGAGAGCGCCGACGGGGUGACAGGAAUGCCCGGGCCUAUGGGGGUGCCGGGCGGCGGAGGUGGCCUACCACCCCAUUGGGAGGAUCAGAGCUACUUCAGCGAACCGGAAUUCGACAGCGAAUAUCAGCAUCAGCACAUUCACAAGAGCAAAACGGCCAAGAACUCAACGUCGGGCAGCGGAUAUUACGUGGGCGGAAGCAGCACCUUGCCGCGCGGCGGACCGCUGCUGAGGGCGUACAGCCCGGCGGCGUCGAGCGUCGUCGGUGGGCCGAACGCGACGCCGACGCAGCCCAAGACUCUUACCACACCAGAUGGUUGGAUAGGUGGUGGCGGGGUGCCGCCGGCCAAGCCGCUUCGCAGCUACCAGUGUGGUAAGAGUCCCCUUGGAAGCCUCGGGGGCUCGGCGCGCUUCUCUAGAGACAGCUCGGUCUCCCUCUAUAGUAUACCAGAUCGGCUACACGGCGAAAGCGGAUACAUGAGCAGCCCCGAGCGCGGCGGCGGGGUCGGUUCCGGAAGCGGAAGAUACCCACCCGGGCCUUACAGCGCCGGCAGCAGCUACGAAGACCCGUAUUACUCGCAAUAUUCGGGAACUGUCACUCCCGUAAUCGACGAAGAAGCCAGUGGGUGGUGCAGCGAUACGGAGCUGUUGGAGGAAUCGUACAGCCUUUACGGCGUGAAACCACCGGGGCGUCCGCCGUCUGGUCCCCCGCGGUCCCCGUUUCCUCCGGGUGCACCACCCCCUCUGCCACCCGGCGGACAGAGCUACGACGCUACUCGGAUAAGGGUGGAGCACAUGGAGAGACAACUGGCCAACCUGACCGGACUCGUGCAGAAAGCUCUGACGCACGCCCCGCACACCAGUCCUUCGCCGCGAGAGUACUUGCAAGUCCCACCAGGACGUGAUCCCUACACAAGAGCCGCAGGCGCCGGGGAUGAGUUCGACAAACACUCUAGCUCCAGCUCUGCCUCACUGCCAGUGUCUCAACCUGCCGUUACAGAUGACUCGUACUUAAGGACUGACGUUAAACCGCCAAAAUUAGGCAAAGACAAGUCGGUGUCGUUUGAAAAGUCAGUGUCCUUCAGUGACGAGCCACCAGACAUGAACUCCCCUAAACAGCAUUCCCCGCAACAUGCAGCGGACACAAAACCUACGAAACCGGCAAUCAAAUCCUCCACGUUGCCGAGGAUGUCGUCGCAAGAACGCGACAGGCACAAGCCGACGCCACCGCCGAAACCAGCCGCCUUGGUGGCCGGCCAGUACGUCUACAGGGACUUGGCGCUCACGCCGGAGAUGUACAACCAGCUGAGGGGCCUGCAGAAGAAGGCGAAGGACCUCAGGCAGGAAGUGAGGAACCUCAGGCGUAUGUCGCAGGCGCAGGCGCACACUGUGCGAGAGACCAUCAGGGACACGUUCAUCACGAUCAGGGCUAUGCUAUUAUCGGGCGGAGACGCGGCUUGGACGGCCGGGGACGCGGAGAAGAUUCGACUGAGCCGCGAAGAGGAUCUCUACAAGCAGGAGAUGAUAAGGCUGGAAAAAGAUCUCACCGAGCUGGAGAGCACCGUGGAGGAGCUUCGCGGCAAUGUGAUCAAUAGAAAGACGCGUGUCAAUAUGUCGGAUGUGGAGAACAUGGCUUUAAUAUUGAGUAAAUCCAGCAAAACCGUCGCUGACUUGAAAGUGCGCUUCCCGAGUCUGCAGGAGGGCAUGAAGGGUCUGCUGAGCUCCGAGAUGGAGAAGGUGGUGCGCGAGGAGAAGUUCCUCAAGGAAGAACCCGAACGACUGGAGUCUGCGUUGAGGCGUUGCAAGAAACUCACCGGUACACUCGUGACGCUCAAACGCUUGGCAUCGGUGCAAGAGCAGCGAUUACCAAACGCAGCGAGCGUAGAUGCCGAGGACACGCCACCGAUAACACCGACGACGGCACAACAUUCCAAGGCAGCUGCCCCUGUGCCAGCGGAACGCACUGUCGUGGGGUCAACGAGCGUCCUCGGGGGAGGGGGCCAGCCUCUCGAGCCACCCGCCGCCCAUCAGCAGCGUCCGGAGAACGCACUCGACGCUCUGCUAGACGAGCUGCAGACCUUCUCGCGACCCAGCUCGCAGAUGGGCCAGGUAUCCGGCGGCUUGUCGGUGCACCCGGGUUCCACCACGCUCUUAGCCGACGUCGGUCGCGCCUCCAGCCUCCGGGACUCGACAACGAACGUUGUGCAUCCCGGGGGCGGCAGUGGCGGCGGCGGCGGCGGCGGCGGCGGCGGCGGCGGCAGCGGCGGUGGAGGAGGAGGAGGAGGAGGUGGCGGUCGCGCACCCAGCAUCAGCGACAUCGGUCGAAAAGGCAGCGUGGACUCGUCCAGCGGCACCUUGACCGUCGCCGCCGCCGCCACCGCUGCCGCAAGCGGCGUGGUGGGUCUACCCGGGAUGGCACCAGGUGCCAGCGGCACGCUGCGUCGCCUGCACUCGUACCCGUCGAGCUCGGACACGGACACCUCGCCGCCCAUCGCCAGGCUGCAAGUGUCGCUGCAGGAACAACAGCCAGGCUUGCCGGUGUUGCCGCAGGGCUUCUUGCCUGGACAAAAGCCGCCGGUGCCGGAGCGGAACGCCGAGCUGCUGCAGUUGGCCAGCGCCAGGAGAGUACCGCCGCCACCGCCGCCACGCACCAGCUCCAGAUCGCCCUUGGCGAGCCCGACCAGUCCGCAGUUGCCGCCCAGGAACCACCCGUGCAGCCUGCAGAGCGGCAACGCGACCCUGCGCCGACCGGCGGCACGCGGCAACGCCAUUAUCGCCGGCAAAGAGGGUAAGCCGCCGAUGGCUCUACCGCCGGACGCCACGGCGAUUUUGUCCACCGUCGAGGCCGGUGACAACCGAUCGGUGCCGACGUCGACAGCGGCGGCCGCCGGUGCCGCGCCGCCGAUGCACAACUCGUCGUCCUCGCAGUCGUCCGCGGUGCUGUCCACCAGCAACUCCAGCUCCUGCGAGAGCGUAAACUCGCAGGAGGGCCUGCAGAGCAAGCGAGGCAGGCAGGAGCAGCUGGAGCAACGGCAUCAGGAACUGCUGAGGAAGCAGAAGGCCCUGCAGGAGCAAUACGCCCGGCUGCAGCAGCUGCAGAGGAACGCGGCGGGUCUCACCACCGUGCCGCCGGCGCCGCCCGAUCUGCUGAAGAAGACCGGCUCCGAGAGCAACCUACUGGCGAAGAUGGGUCUCGGCCUGAGCGCCGCUAGUUCCGGAUCGCUCACCAGUCUCAGCCUCAAGCCGCAGGUCUUGCAGGACGCCACCGGCGACGGCCAGGCUAGUAGGAUCGAGAUCGUUAACGGACAGACGAACGCGGUGACGACCAACCAGGUCCACGGAGGCGUCACCACUUCGACGAUGGUCGUGCCGAGCUUGACGACCGGCUCGGGCACGACCGUCACUACCACGUCCACCACGACCACCAGCAAGGUCUACGAGACGGACAUUCUGUGACCGAGAAGCCGUUCGCUCAUCGGAGCGACCGUCAAGGUCGCCGCUGAAAUCGCCUUGGCGAGUUAACACGGUCGCCGAACGGCGAGAUCGCGAGACUAUCGCGUGGUCCAGGCUCCUCGGAGAACAAUCGUCGAGGAGGUUGUGGUGAAGUGAGGCGAGUGAGGAGGAGCGGACGAAUCGCAGACUUAACGGAACAAAAGUGAGGAAGAUGACAAGGAAUUGCUAAGAUUAAAGAGACUGAAUUGCUGACGGAGAGACGCGGGUAUGAAGGAAGGAAGGAAGGAAGGAAGGAAGGAUACGCCGAGUAACGCGAAGCAACGACGGGAAGCGAUCGUAACCGAGGCUGAGGAGGUGAAGGGAAAGUCGAAAGAAGAGCACACGAAGAGGAGAAGAAGAAGAAGAAGAAGAAGAAGGAGAAGAAGAAGAAGAAGCAGAGGAGAAGAGAAGACUACUCCCGCAUUAUAGUCAUCCCGUUCGACCUUGCGACGGCGGAGGCUCCGUCGUGCGCGGGUGCAUAAGGUCUCUUGGAAAGUAGAAUGCAGCGUAGGAAUUUUAGCGCGCGUCACACACGUAAAAUAAUUACCACACUAAUCACUAUGGUUAAACGAUAGCAUUAAUACUGAUAAACGGCGCGAGGAGGCGAUAUUUCGAUACACGCGUCGUCGUACGCGGACGCGUAGCGCAACAUCAACGUCCGGUCUGAAGGAAGAGAAGAAAGAGGAAGAAAAAGAGAAGAGAAGAGAAGAAAGGAAGGAAGAAAGCGCGGCGAACCAGACGCGAAUCUCGCCGUCGUGUUCGUCGGUUGGCCGCUUUUGCAUCACUGCAUAUCCGAUGCGCCCCGUGAGGUUGCCCUCUCGAUCCUUCGACACCUCCCGAGGCUAAGGACGUCGUCGAAAUUACGACGGCCAUCGAGAUCGAUGUCUCGAGCGCAAUCGCAUCCUGUCCAGAUCGACUACGGACCGGUAACGAGCGACGUGGGUCUCGCGGUAACAGAAAUAAUCGAGCUCCGAUCUCGCGCUUCGCCGACGCUGCGAGCGUUCGGAUCCUCUGUGCGUAUCGAUCCUCAAAUAUCAUAUACACACACACACACACA